GAACUUUUGUUAAGUGGAGUGACGAAACUGCCCUCUUUCUUCUUCCAAUUGAAACCUAACGGACAGUUCUCCCAUCCAGUGAAAUAUAGCAGCUACAGCUAUAGUUCACCGGCUAUUCCAACAUUUGGUUUUAUACGGAGGAUUGUAACCGGCGACAAUAUCCGACGAGCGAUUGGGACAAGUUCCUGUAACCUGUGAAUGUAAACGGGUGCGGCUUCAUCGUUUCUGUUAGUUUAGGUGGUCUCCAUUGGCUCAAAAAAUUAGCAUCUAUCCAUUUCCGGCUCGAAACCGACCAGAUUUUGUAGAGUAGAUAAAGAUCUUCUAGACAUGCUACUACCCUCACGGUGAACAUGGUUUUCACUCCACCAGAUAUCAUCUGGUGGAACAUAUCGGAUCAUAACGUUAUGCACGCCGUCAAGAAUAAAUAACACUAUGAAGUACCCGUUUCUUUCAAACCACAACCCUUUUUCACCUCAUCACUUUGCCGCCUCACUACAAAAAUGCCUGAAAUCAAAAUCAUUAAACCCGUGCAAGCAAAUUCACGCGCUCAUCCUAACAUCAGGGACCGACAUGAAUCAUUAUUCUCUACAUUCAAAACUGGUAGGUGUUUACGCAAGCUGCGGUUGUUUCACUUCCGCAUAUUCAAUGUUUCAGAUAACCCCCAAUUUGAACGUUUUUGCUUACAAUUGGAUCAUUUUUUCCUUAACGUUCAAUGGGUGUUUCGAAGAAGCGAUAAAGUACUUCACUUUACUUCAAAAAGCAAGAAAUGUUGUUCCUAAUAGUUAUACGUUUUCGUUUCUGUUGAAGUGUUGUGUCGGUAUGAGGGAUUUACGAAAGGGGAAAGAGGUUCAUUGUAUGGUUAAUAAGUUCGGGUUGCAGUUUGAUUCAUCUGUGGUUAAUGGUUUGAUUGAUAUGUAUUGUAAGUGUGGGUGUUUAUCUUAUGCACGCAAAGUGUUUGAUAAAAUGCCUGAACCAGAUGUUGUGUCUUGGACGAAUAUGAUUUCUGCGUAUUCUUACGCGGGUCGGCUCCAGGAAUCGCAGUUUCUGUUUGAAAGAAUGAAACUAGCAGGGUUGGAGCCUAAUGAGUUUACAUGGAACGCGCUUAUAACCGCGUAUGCUAGAAUCGGAGAUUGUGACGGUGCGCUUACUUCGUUUUCUAAAAUGAGUAGAACCGGUUUAGUUCCUGAUGUAGUUACAUGGAACGCAAUUAUUUCCGGAUUUGUUCAAAGUGAAAAAACAGCCGAAGCCGUUGAGUUAUUUAGAGACAUGUUGGUAGCCGGAGUCAAGCCCAACCCGAUAACCAUCACGGGCUUACUUCCUGCAUUCGGGUCAACGGGCUCGGUUAAGAACGGUAAAGAAAUUCACGGACUGGUCUAUAGAACAAACAUGUAUGCGAAUGUUUUUGUAGCUACUGCACUUAUCGAUAUGUACUCUAAAUGUGGGUACGCCAAACACGCGAGAAACGUGUUCAACGUCACGCCAUUCAAGAACAUUGCUUCAUGGAAUGCGAUGAUCGGAUGUUACGGGAAACACGGGAUGGUUGAUUCCGCUAUCGAAUUGUUGGAUAAAAUGGAAGACGAAAACGUGCAGCCGAAUCAAGUGACACUAACAUGUGUUCUUGCUUCUUGUAGCCAUGGUGGGUUGGUCAACAAAGGUUUGACUUUAUUCAAGUCAAUGAGAGAAAGUCAACGGGUCGAGAUAAGACACGAGCAUUACGCUUGUGUUAUUGACAUUCUUUGUCGGUCUGGGAAGAUUGAAGAAGCGUAUGGUUUGGUUCAAGAGUUGCGUACGGAAGUGACUGAUUCGAUGAUCGGUGCGUUCUUGAACGGGUGUGUGGUUUAUAACAGACCGGAUUUGGCUAAAAAAGUGGGCGAAAUUGUGAUGAAAAUGGAGGUGAAAGCACCAGGUGGGUUUGUUACUCUGUCUAAUAUUUAUGCUGGUGAAGGAGAGUGGGCAAAAGUUGCAGAGUUAAGAGAAGUGAUGAAGUUGCAAGGGGUUCAAAAGCAACCUGGAUUUAGUUCUGUGUACAACAAUAUAUAGUUUUUCUUUUAA